AAAUUGUGAUGUUUUUCUCUACGAAUUUCAAAAACUUUCAAAAAGUUACAAAUAUUUCUCAUCUUUUUUUUUUUUUUUCUUUUGUUUAAAGUUAAAAAUUAUUUUUGAUAUUAAUUUUCAUUUGUUAAUUAUAGAAAAUUAUAUUUUUGAAAUAAAAGAUUUGUAAUCAUUUAUUUUAUAAUUAUAUCAUUUUUUAAUUUAUUUAAAAUUAAUUUUUUUCCUUUACUUCUAAAAUUAAAUUUAGAUUUAAAUAAAAAAAAAUUCCUGUGAAAAUUUGAAUAAUUUUGAAAAUUUGGCAAUUAUAUAAUUAAUUAAUUUUUAAAUUGGAUUUUUGGUACACUUUCUAUAAUAUUGACCUUCUUAUCACAUCUAUCCAAAAACAUGAUUUCAUUAUGUAUUGCGAUUACAGUCAAAUUAUGAAUCACUCGCGUAAAACGUCGCACACGAUUAGAUAUGAAUGUCUGCACGCUUUAUCAAGAUAACAUUAUUUCAGUUUACUUUGAGAAUAAUAUGAUUGUGGUCGAUUCUAUACAAAGUGAGGAGACAUUUCAAAACAAUCGUUUUCAUUUAUUCAAUGUCUAUUAUUUUUUUUACACAAGAUAAUUGGAGAGAAAAGUAAGAAGCUGUAUAAAAAAAACAAAAAAAAACUAUAAAUUAGAGGGGAAAAAAAAAUGGAAAUCAAUUAUCCUAAUCAAUGUAUCGUGUGUAAAUCGAAAAAUAAAUUAAGAUGCACCGGAUGCAAUAUGGUUUCCUAUUGUGGACGAGAUCAUCAAUUACAACAUUGGUCAAUUCAUAAAAAUUUCUGUCGUACAAUAUCAAAAAUGCUAAAUGAAAAAAAUUUAUCUCAUAUUUAUGAAAAUUUAAAUUUAUCCAUUUGGUUACAAGAGAGAGAUAAAAUUAUUCAUCAAGUGAGAAAAAAAUUAAAAUCAUUAAAUUCAGAAGAAUUAUUUCUAUUAAAAUCGCCGAGAAUUUGUUUUAUUUGCCAUGAAGCUAAACAGGAGAAAUUAAAUAAUUGUCCAAAUUGUCAAUUAGUAAAUUUUUGUAAUAUUCAUAAAUCUAGUUAUAUUCAUGAAAGAAAUUGUUCAAUAAUGCAAAAUCGUUUUGAUUUAAUAACAAGAAAAAUGAAUUUCGAUUCACGUGCAUUGGAAUUAUUAAUAAAAUCAAUAGCAAGGGAGACAAAAAUUUUUCAUUCACCACCAAUAACAAUGAGAGAAUUUCUUGAUAAUAAUACAAAAACAAUUAAUAAAAUUACAGAAAUACAAAAAAUUUUCCUCUCUGAAACAUUUACUGUUUCAUUAACAAUUUUUAAUAUUUUACAAAUGCACUACGAUAAUAUACCAAUGGAAAUAAUUAUUCAUUUAAAUGUCAAUAAUUUACAAACAAUUUUUAUUGAUAAUUUUUGGGAAACUCUUCUACAUUUAUUGUUAGAUGUGAAAUUAUUGAAAAUUAUCUACAUUGAGGGAAAAAUAAAUCAUAUCAAUAAUAAUGUCAUUCUUUGCAAUGAUUGUCAAUUAAAAAAAAGACAAUUGUCAAUUGAAUCAAAUUCAAUUUCCUAUGAGAAAUAUAUAAAUCUGAAAAAUUAUCAAAAACCACAUUUAAUUGCUUAUUUUAAUAUUAAAAAUCCAAUGACAACGACAAUUGAAACAAAUCGUGGUAUAAAUAUAAUUAAUAAAUUAAAUGAAAUUAAUUGUCCAAAAUUAAUGACAUUUCUCACCGAAAUGGAAUUUACAAUAAUGAGGGAAUAUUUACGUUCAUCAAUUAAUUAUUCAAUUAUAUACAGUGGUUACAAUGAUUUUGCAUCGUUAAUGUUUCAUCAUGAACAAAAUGAUGGAUCAUUAAAUCGUACAUCACAAUUUAUGAUUGUAUUUAAGGAACAAAGAAUUAAUUUUCCCGAAUCAUCUCAAUAUUGGUCACAUAAUAAUUUUUAUUCAACAAUUUGUCACGUUUGUAGGAAAAUUAAUGCAAAAAUAAUAUGUCAACAGUGUAAAAUGAUAUUUUAUUGCAGUAAUAAACAUCAAAAUCGUGAUUGGAUUCAUCAUAGGGAUAUUUGUAAUGCAAUUUUUAGUUUUUUAUGUGAAAUGAAAAUUGAAAAUAUUUUUGAUAAUGCAAAAUUAUUGGAUUUAAAUUCAUGGCUGAGAAUAAGAAUUGAUUUAAUGAAAGAAAUACAAAUGAGAAGUGGACGAAUAUUAGAGGAAUGUGAAAGACAAAUGUUUUUUUUUCCAAAAAAUUGUGCAAUUUGUCAUGACAAUGAUUUGAAUAUUUUAAAUAUGUGCAAAUGUGGGACAAACUUCUGCCGAUUACAUCAGAAUGACAAAAAACAUCAAAAACUAUGUGAAAAAUUAUCAAUUGCUUUUCAACUCGCUACAAUUAAAAAAGAAACAUCAUUAAAAUCAAUAUUAUCAACGGCAUUGGAUUCUCGUCACAAAUUACCGCCAACGAUGGAAGAUUUUAUAAAAAAAUUUUCUAAACCAUCAGAAGAAGAAGAAGAAGAAAAUUCAAAUCCAAACUAUAAAGAUUUGAUAACAUCCGAUUUUUUGACAUCAUCAUUAACAUUAAAUUAUGCAAUAAAAAAAUUUACUCAACUAUUAAAUAAUUCUUCAAUGGUGAUUCAUAUUUUAAAUUCAAAGAAAGAAGAUCUAUUAGCAAAAAGUUCUUGGAAAUUAUUGUUGUAUCGAUUAAAAAAUUUGAAAAUAUUAAAAAUUAUUUUCAUUGGAACAGAAAUUCCCCAAUGGCCAGAAACUAUUGUCGAUACAUUGAAUUUCUCUCAGAUUGCUGUAAAAUAUUUAAAAGUUGAAAGUCAUUCAAUGAAAUAUGAAAAAUAUUUUAAAACUAAACAAUUUAUUAAACCCGAUAUUAUAUUUUCAAGUAAUGUUAAUAUUCAUGAAUGUGAAUUAGAUAAUAGAUUGGAAAAUUUUUGGAAAGAGAUAAUAAUGACUGUGAAAAAAAUAAGAGUUCCCAUUAUUUUAACAGCAAAAAGUGAAAAACGUGCAAUCAUAAAUCAUAAAAAAAUUUGGAAUAUUUCCAAUUUUUCUUAUUUUCAACAAAUAAAUAAUCCAUUUGCUUCAUUAUGUCCAGAAAGAGAUUUUGAAACUGAAGGAAUAAUGUAUUCAAAUAAUUUUUUAAUUAUUUACAAUGAUUGUUUUCAUAUUAAUUUAGAUAAAUCAUUGUCUAUUAAAGAUAAUGAACGACAAAAGGAAAAAUAUUUAAAAUCACGAGUCACUAAUUUUGGAAAUAUUUCAAAUUUUACAAAUUCUUCUGAAACAAUUAACGUUGAAAAUAAAAAUUUAAAAGAUCAGAAUAAAGAAAUUGAAUCUGUAGUACAAAGUACAAAAAUUGUUAUCACCGAUGUAGAAGGAAUAGAAGAAAAAAUUUACGAACAUCAAAAAAAUGGAAUAGCAAUGGAAAAACAAAUAAUUUCUGUUAGUUGUGAAAAUUUAAGAAACCAAACGAAAUUAAAUGAUUCUGAAUCAUUUUUAGUUAAACAUAAUUCAUUUCUUAAAAGUGAAAACGAAAGGCUAAGACAACAAUUAGAUUUGGCAAUUGCAGAAAUUGCAAAAUUGGAGAAUAAAAUUGUAGAAUUACAAAAAAGUACAAAUUAGAUGUAAAUUUGUGAAAUAAAUUCUAUUUAAAUAUAUAUUUUGGAAUAUUUGCAAUAAAAUAUUUU